UAAAGGUCCAGUUGCCUGAGAACGAAAAGGAAAGGAAGCGACACUAUUUUUUUUUUUAGUUUCCACAGCGGUAAUUGCUUUUCCCGGGCGUUCAUCACAAAUCGAGAACUCAGGAACCCUAACCGCCUCUUCCCGGCGUUCUCGCUUCCUCCCUUGAUCGGGCGGUAACCGGAGCACAAUACUGUAGGAAAAAAACCCUAGCCCGAUUGAUUAUCGGCAAUUCUUUAUUUAAUUCAUCUGAACCUGUCGUUGAAGUUGUUCGAAGGGGAAAAACCCUAAUUUCGUACCGGCGAUCGAGCAAUGGGGAAGAAGAAGAAGAGAGCUCAAACAUCUAAGGUGUGGUGUUACUACUGUGACAGAGAGUUCGAGGACGAGAAAAUUCUGGUGCAGCACCAGAAAGCUAAGCACUUUAAAUGUCAUGUCUGCCACAAGAAGCUCUCCACCGCCGGGGGAAUGCAAAUUCACGUCCUUCAGGUUCAUAAGGAAAACGUCACAAAAGUGCCAAAUGCAAAAGAAGGUAGGGACUCUACAGACAUUGAAAUAUAUGGAAUGCAAGGGAUUCCACCUGAUGUUCUGGCUGCUCACUAUGGAGAUGAAGAAGAUGAAACUCCAUCAAAAUCUGCCAAGGUAGAUGCUCCGGCAACCCAGGGUGUUGCUGCCGUGCUUCCAGGGACAUUAGGCGUGGGUUAUCCUCAUCGACCGAAUCUUGUACCACUGCCUCCUCACUACAAUCCUGCUGUGCCAAUGCCUCCUGUUAAUGCUGGCUGGCCAGCUCCCCCCCGCCCUCAACCCUGGUAUCCGCAGCAUCCUGCUGUUUCAGUACCACCGGUGACGCAAGUGGUCAUGCCGCCACAACCUUUGUUUCCUGUUCAGGGUAUGCGGCCCCCUAUGCCACCUGCUGGACCUCUGGGGCUUCAAGUGACAAUGCCUAUGGUGCCUCCAGGGCUUCCUUCGUCUACAGCGCCUGUUCCUGUAUCUCAGCCCUUAUUUCCUGUAGUUCCAACUAACAAUAUCCCUGGUCAAGGUUCUCCCUUUUCCGCACCCACUAUACCAACUAGUCUUCCUUUGAGCUCUCCUGCUGAAUUGGCAAGUAAUGCUUCUCUUACAGCUGCCACCCCUGUGAAUUCUCAUUCGUAUGCCUCUGGUCCAAAUACUGGUGGUCCUUCCAUUGGACCUCCACCUGUAAUUGCAAACAAAGCUCCAGUCAGCCAGCCUGCGGGAAAUGAGGUUUACUUGGUUUGGGAUGAUGAAGCUAUGUCCAUGGAGGAAAGAAGGAUGUCAUUGCUGAAGUAUCAGGUGCAUGAUGAGACUAGCCAGGUAAGUCGUAAUUACCUCCUAUUUAGAAUUUUUCACACAGAUGUGGACUUGAGUUGCUCCCACAGUCUGAAUCCGUGUCUGACUUGUACAGAUUCAGUUUUUAACACAUUAUUUCUUAAAGGUACUAUAUUUUGGUUGAUUACAUCCUGCCAAUUUUGUUUGCCCCUCAUAUUUAGAAAACCUUGGUUUGAAAUAAGCUCUAGCUGUUCUGUUAUACAUGUUUCUACUUUCAACACCACUAGUUGGUGGGGUCUGUUUAUCAUUAUUGGUCAUUCUGCGGUUGGCAAGGUAUCCCGCCACAUCAAAGAUUCAAGUAGGUAUUUUAUCAUCUUUUCUUAUAAAUAAUGAUUCCUCUUUUUGGCAAGCACGCUACAAUCUUGUGGAGGCAUCUCCAUGCAACAUUAAGAGCAGUGUGUAUGUAUCUGCUUUUUGAAAACUUUACUUUGUCUAUUCUUUUUACUCUGUGGUUCGUGGUCAUUAAGUGUGGGGUUUGGGUGGAAAAGAUUACAUUAACAUACAGAUAUUUGUUGCCCAUUCUUGUCAAUCGUACUCUUUACUUAAUGGCCGAACAGUGAAUUCAAUCUUGGCCCAGGUCAGCUUCUUUCACAGAGCUCGGGAUUUAGCACCGAAGCUAGUUAAAUUGUAGAAUCACUCACCAUGUUGAUGUUGACUAUGUCUCUGUUCUAACUUUUCUACUUUGGACGACCUGUUUCAGAUGAGCUCAAUUGAUGCAGCAAUAGACAGAAGGAUAUCAGAAAGCAGGCUUGCGGGUCGCAUGGCCUUUUAGUUUUGAUAGAGUUAGUUUGGUAGUAAGAAGAACAUUUUCGGCUGAGGAUGACCUCCGACGUCAACAGCAGAAAGGGGAUACAUUCAAGUGAAAAUCAGUUCUUAUUUUGGAAUUCGCUUGAAGCAGCAGCCAGGCCAGUGUGAUAGUUCCAGCUUCAGGGGUAACUUUUCAAUAUGUGUUGUAGUCUUUUAAGGCAAAAACUGCUGUAGGAUAUUGCAUCAUUCUUUUCAUCCUUGAGUUGGAAGGUUCUGAUACCUUCGUUUGAGGAUUUUAUGAGAUUUUGAGCUGCGUGCUCGUAAUGAUAUUAGAGAAAUUUAUAGAUCAUUUGUUGUCAACGCAUAAUAUGCUAGGUUGGCCCUCCUAUUUCUUUUCUUUUUGUCGAUAGUUUAUACGUUAAAGUACUUGAUUUGUGGUGAACAUGGCAUGGCAAGGUUGGCAUUUGAUGAGUAAACUGGAUUUUUGAAAUUAGUCUUGUAUAAUCCUAUGUUGGUCUUGUGUUCUGUCUUGCACAAUUCUCUACCGUAGCGCUUAACUGAAGAGGAUGUCAUUUUGGUAGCCAUUAAAAUUUGUAUUGAAAAAGAAGUCUUGCCGUGAAAAGUGAAAGAUACCAGAUUGGGGGAAAAUUAAAAAUCAACACUAAAUAUAGGCGCUCUGAGUUGGAUUUAUUGCUUGGCUGUUGGCACACACAAAUUUACUUUUCUACAGAGCUAUAUUAUUGCAUGAAGUCAACUUCCUGUGAGCUAUAAAUGUAAUAUACAUAGUGUUUUCAGUAUAUUUCCACAUUAUUUUCCUUCUUUUCUCGGAUGGGUUUUCUUUUUUCCCCUUAGUCCAGAUAAUGCAAUAAAAUUAAAUAUCCUUGUUUGAGCUCCCAAGAUAAUUUUACUACUCCUGUCCCCUUUUUGGUUAUAAUAUACUAACAAAGAGGUAAGACGUUAUCUUAGCACAUUAUGCAGAUGUAUUACCCUUGCGUCAUCUUGUUAUUGUCACAAUUUGAUACUUCGGAGCAGUCUGGAGGCAAUGUGACUUUCUUUCCGUCUCACAUUAACAGUUUAUUUCGUCGAAAUCUAGCUUACAAACGACUUGUCUUGGCAAGAAAUGUAGAAAGACAAUCAAUUGCAUACAUGAAUAGAGCCGGAGUUAAUCCAGCGGGUACUUGAAGCAUUUUAACCAGGAUAAUUAACAUUACUAGGCUCUCCACUGGCUGGGGUCUAAUUAACCUACGUAGCUAUAGCCUCUAAAAGUAAAUGACUUUUGCAGUUUACACCUCAAAAAAAUGAAAAAACAAAAGAGAAAGGAAAAAUAAAAGGGACAAUCCAUGAAACUGUGACCCUACGGCCGAAAGAGUGUGCGUGUGUGUGUGUGUAUUGGGAGUUUGGGAAGGUUUCUUAAAAGAGAUGCAUAAUUUCCAAAUAUAAGCACUAACCCUUUUACCUUAAAAAGGACAUUUCUUGAAGGUAAAACACAAUUUCCUAAAGUGAAGACCCAAAGCCUUUCCAUUUUGGAAAAGAAAGUGGCGGAAACCCCGAAUGCAAAUCAAAUCACCUUAAAAAUGAAAUGAUCAGAUUGACAGAAAC